GAUAUCCUCACGGCAGGGAUUCGGAUGUUCUCGAUUCGAGAAAAGUCGAUGAGAUGCGGACGCGAAAGGAUAGUUUACCUCGCGACUCCCCUUUUCAGAGACUUUUCUCCAGCUGAAAACAUCCGAAUCCCUGCCGUGCCUCGUACUCGAGGCGCGUCUGCGACUCCAUCUUGCCUUCUGCGCCCGCUUUGACGGCUUGUCGCUGGCGAGGAUCGAGCCCUCUACCGGUAUUCGGGCCGCGUCCGGCUACGAUCAUUUGACAUCGAGGUUCCGUUCCCCGCUACGCUUCCACUGCGCUACAACCAAGACCCUUGCCCUAUGACCUAUCGCUUCUGGUUUCACACCUCAACCAACUGGCCGACCCUGGAUACCUACAAGUCUGAGCUGCUUGUGGCGAAACAUGGAGAUCAGACGCCGUUGCGCGCGCUCUGACAUAAGCCCCUUGGCGACCUGGUAUAAGAUUCCUCAGCACCAAGCGGCUCUCCACUCGCCAUCCCCACCAUCCUUACAUUUGUCCCCUUGACGCCACUUGAACCUCGAACUGCAUCAUCAAUAUGCCUUCCGUCAACGAUGGUCUCACUCUCGACGCUGUCUCGGACGCCGUCGAUGAAGUCAACAAGCUGAAAGGGCAGGUCCCCAAGUGGGAGGAGAAGUCCAAGUUCGACGCCGAAAAGGACAAGAACGCCUUCCGCCAAUACGAAGCGGCGUGCGACCGCGUCAAGAACUUCUACCGCGAGCAGCACGAGAAGCAGACAUUCGAAUUCAACGUUCGCGUGCGGGCUGAGUUCAAGAAGACCGUGCACGCCCGGAUGGGUAUCUGGGAGGCGAUGGAGAAGCUCAACACCCUCGUGGAUGAUUCCGACCCCGAUACCAGCCUCUCGCAGAUCGAACACCUUCUCCAGACCGCGGAGGCGAUGCGUCGUGAUGGGCAGCCGGAGUGGAUGCAGGUCGCAGGUCUCGUGCAUGACCUCGGCAAGCUCCUAUACUUCUUCGGCUCAGAAGGCCAAUGGGACGUUGUCGGGGACACGUUCGUUGUCGGCUGCAAGUUCUCGGACAAGAUAAUCUACCCUGGUACUUUCACGGCAAACCCCGACUCCAAUGACCCUAUCUACUCAACCGAGUAUGGUGUCUACUCUCCCAACUGCGGUCUCGAGAACGUCAUGCUCUCAUGGGGACAUGAUGAAUACCUCUACCAUGUCCUCAAGCAUCAAAGCUCCCUCCCCAUGGAAGCGCUCUACAUGAUCCGUUACCACAGUUUCUACCCAUGGCACCGCGAAGGCGCGUACUCGCACCUUACGAACGCCGAGGACCAACGUGCGCUGGAGGCUGUUCGCGCUUUCAACCCCUACGACCUGUACAGCAAGAGCGACGAGCCCGUCAAUGUCGAGAAGGUCAAGCCUUACUACCAAGGCUUGAUUGCGAAGUACUUCCCCGCCGUGAUCGAAUGGUGAACACAACGGCGGAAUGCAGGUGCAUGGGUUUACAAUAUGCUUAUUCUGGACCGCUGUAAUUGCCCUUGUUCGCCUUUCGUGAGCAGCUUGGACUGUGAUCAAUUCCUGAGCCCUGUAUUACUAGUCUUAUACCCAACGAGCUCGUGUUCUGUCUUCCGUAGUAGCAAUAUUGGUGGUUUAUGUGCGGUAAUGAGAAUGCUUUC